AUGGGCAGAGUUCUUGAUGCAGAUGACGGUGGGUGUUUCGACAGAAUGGUGGCUGCGAUCAAGUUAAUGGAAGAAAGUAUUCUGACUACUUUUAUGCAACAAGUAAGAGCUGAAGCCAUGAUCAAGCAUGAUGACCGACUUGCUGCAUAUGUGCCCAAGAAAAGCAGGGGCCAUGGACAACACGUAGACAAGAAACCUCAUUCUCAUUCAUCUUUACUUCUUCAUGUGAAGUCUUUUGGGAGCAAGAGCGGGAAUGAGAACAAGAAAAGGGUUAGUGGCAAGCGAUGCUUUCAAAGUGGUAGCAGCAACGAAGAUGAGCAGAAGAAAAAAGAAAUUGCUGAAGAGACCAAGGCCUACAGAAUCAAUUUUGCAAAUUUUGGUUUGAAGACACCUACUGACAUGCCUGAGGAAUGGUGGCAUAAAAUUCAAGCAAGAGGAGGCAUUGAUGUGAAGUUGGUAAUAAUGAAACAGAUGUUUGCCACUGAUUUGAAUACUCAUCACAAUCGUUUCUCAAUCCCUUUUAAGCAGAUAAGAGAUUUCAGUUUUCUUACAGAGGAUGAGAAGAGAGAGUUAAAGGAGCCCAAGGAGAAAAUACCAGUUACACUCAUGGAACCUUGUGGUUCUGAGUCUGAGAUGUUGCUAAGGCAAUGGAAUUUGAAAAGUAGCAGUACCUAUGUGUUGACAUCUAGUUGGAAGAAAGUCUUGGAAAGGAAUCAUCAGGGAAGUUCAAACAAAAUUACAUAG